CGACACUCAAUUUUCAACGAACGCAAACGUCGGUCGUCCAGUUGGAAAUCAACCAGCAGCCGGAAAACUCCAGUGGUUAGCAGCAUGUCUCUCAGCGCGGAAACAGUCCAAACGACGCCCUACGAGGGCCAAAAGCCAGGCACCAGUGGAUUGCGCAAAAAGGUGAAGGUUUUCGUUCAGCCCAACUACACGGAAAACUUUGUGCAAGCCACUUUAUCCGCCAAUGGUGCUGCCCUCACUGGCUCCACCCUGGUCGUGGGUGGCGAUGGGCGCUACUACUGCAAGGAGGCUGCUGAGCUAAUUGUUCGCAUAGCAGCUGCCAACGGCGUGUCCAAGUUGCUGGUGGGCCAAAACGGCAUUCUCUCUACUCCGGCGGUGUCCAGCCUGAUCCGUCACAACAAGGCCUUGGGUGGCAUUGUGUUGACCGCUUCCCACAAUCCGGGCGGCCCUGAGAACGAUUUCGGCAUUAAGUUCAACUGCGAGAACGGUGGACCAGCCCCGGAUGCCUUCACCAACAGCAUCCACAAGCUGACAACGGAGAUCAAGGAGUACAAGCUGGUGCGCGGCCUGCAGAUCGACAUCUCCAAGGUGGGCGUGAGCACCUUUGACAUUGCCGGGAAGCCUUUCACCGUGAACGUCAUCGAUUCGGUGGCCGACUAUCUGCGACUCAUGGAGGAGAUCUUUGACAUGGCCAAGCUCAAGGAGUUUGUCAGUGGCAAGGUCACGGGCAAGCCUCUGAAGAUGAGGAUCGAUGCGAUGAACGGUGUCACCGGCCCCUAUGUGAAUGAGAUCUUCCUGAAGAGCCUGGGUGCCAGCGAGUCCUGCGUGGUGCACACCACUCCACUGCCAGACUUUGGUGGACUGCACCCCGAUCCAAAUCUGACUUACGCCAAGGAUCUGGUGGACACAGUCGCCCAGGGGGACUACGACAUUGGAGCCGCCUUCGACGGAGAUGGCGAUCGCAACAUGAUCAUCGGCCAGAAGGCCUUCUUCGUGACACCCAGCGACUCUCUGGCCGUGAUCGCCCAUUACCUGGAGGCCAUUCCGUACUUCAAGAGGAACGGCGUUCAGGGAUUCGCUCGCAGCAUGCCCACCGCUUCGGCUGUGGACCUCGUGGGCAAGAAGCUUGGCAAGGAAGUGUUCGAGGUGCCCACUGGCUGGAAGUACUUUGGCAAUCUCAUGGAUGCCGGACGGCUCUGUCUGUGCGGCGAGGAGAGCUUCGGCACCGGCUCCAAUCACAUCCGUGAAAAGGAUGGCAUCUGGGCGGUCCUGGCCUGGAUCUCGGUGAUGCAGCACACGGGCAAGGGCAUCGAGGACAUCCUCAAGCAGCACUGGUCCAUCUACGGCCGCAACUACUUCACCCGCUACGACUACGAGGAGUGCGCCUCCGAUCCCUGCAACGAGAUGAUGGACACCAUGGAGAAGACCAUCACGGCGGCAGGCUUUGUGGGCAAGAGCUUCUCCAGCGGCGGCAAGACCUACAGGGUGAAGGAGGCGGACAACUUCAGCUACACGGAUCCCGUGGACAAGUCGGUGGCCACCAAGCAGGGUCUGCGCAUUGUCUUCGAGGACGGCAGCCGCAUCGUGGUGCGUCUCAGUGGCACAGGCAGCUCCGGAGCCACAGUGCGCUUGUACAUUGAUUCGUAUGAGAAGGAGAACGUCCUGGGGCAGGCCAGCGUUAUGCUGAAGCCCCUGAUCGACAUAGCCCUGGAGAUUUCGCAGCUGCCAAAGUUCACCGGCCGCAAUGCUCCCACCGUGAUCACAUAAAUUACCUCACGCACUCAUCGCAAUCCUA